AUGUCGUCAUUCAUCGCACUGACUCAGUUCACUAAUCAGGCCUUCGUCCAGGCCAUUACGGAAAACUAUACAUCCGUCGGCCUCCCUGCCUUCUACGUUGUUGUCCAAUUUCACCAACUGGAUCCAGCAAACGUCUUCGUGGGCGGCCAUCUACGACCCGAAACAGCCAGGCCCUUCGUCCGGAUAGUCAUCGCCCACAUCGCCAUCCGUCUACCAGACACUGACGCAGCGUAUGAUCGGGCUGCCUCUAAGAUAGACCGGGUGCUGAAACCACACGUAUUGGACAAAGGGUAUGAUGUUGAGUAUCAUGUUGAUGAGACCGAACGGCGGAUGUGGAAGAUCAAUGGGUUGAUUCCGCCACCGUGGAAGAGUGAGGCGGAGCUGCUGUGGGUGAGAGAGAAUCGGCCUGUUUUAUAUGAGGGAGCGUUUUCUGAAGGAGGGCGAACGUCGCUCUAG